GUGACGUAAAGUGUCUCAGCAGCCAGCAUGACAAACAACAAAGGAAUAUGAUGAAAAUGUGAAGUUGCGAAUUUGUAUUUGCUGGGCUUGAUUUUUGAAGCUUUGACGCUUGAUGCUUUUGUGCAUUAAAGUGCUAUCACUACUGCAAAAUCGGCAAUGAAUGAUAUUAUCUCUGAUAAAUAGCCAAGGGACGAACAGCUACCAAAUUGACCAAAAUGAUUCGUAUAGCAGCAUUGAAUGCUUCUUUGUCAGCGGCAGAUGAGUCUCAAGACCCUUUGAAAAGUUCAAAGAGUCAGACCAAAGAGGCUCAGGAAGCCGAAGCUUUUGCUUUAUAUCAUAAGGCUUUGGAUCUGCAAAAACACGACAAGUUUGAGGAGUCUGCGAAGGCUUAUCAUGAGCUUCUUAAAACUCCAUUGCUUAAAGAGGCAAUGCCAGCAGAGGAUCAAAGAGUGGCUCUUAAGCAUCCUGGUCUUAUGCUGAAGUAUUCAACUUUCAAAAACUUGGCGAGUAUGGCCGCUUCGAGGGAUGAUCUUGAGACAGCCAUGGACUUCUACUUAGAGGCAGUGAUGCUGGACUCCACUGACGUAAACAUGUGGUAUAAGAUUGGGCUGGUGGCUGUGCGCCUUGUUCGUAUUCCCUUGGCCCGCCAUGCUUUUGAAGAGGGGUUACACUGUAACCCAGACCAUUGGCCCUGUCUGGAUAAUCUCAUUACUAUAUUAUACACUCUCUGUGAUUACACAUGUUGUUUGUACUUUAUUGCAAAAGCACUUGAGAAAGAUCACUGUUACACUAAAGCGCUGGUGCUAAAGGAGAAGAUAUUUGCAGAACAGCCUAGUCUGAGAAGAGAUACCACUCAGAUGUUUAAAAAAUGUGAGAUGUCUAUUCACUAUGUUGAAGUGGAGGAUGAAGAGCGUAAGUCUAUUGUAGAAGAGGCCUUGGAGUUAAGGAGACGAAGGCGGGCUCUCUCAUACUGUGAACCACCAGCAGAUCUUGUCCUGAUUCAACCUAUUCGCUGUCUCUCCUGGAAGCAUGUGGGUGAAAGCCUACUAGCAAUGUACAGACAUCAGACGACCUGUGAACCACCUAGACCCAGUCUAGGAAGAAGAAUUGAUUUGUCGGAGUACCGUGAUCCCAACUUUCUUGAAAAUCUGCCUCAGCCAAAAAGUCCAGUGAGCAUCAGCCAAACUACUGCUGUCAGCAGCAGCCCAAGCUCUUCUCUUCCACCUCUUACUUUUUCUGAACCAGUAGUGACACCACAAACCAGCUCUCAACCUCCCAUUAUUCCCACUCUCACCACUGUUGAGGUGGCCUCCACCACAGUACCAUCUGUUGCCUCAAUAAUGGAAGUAAAGAAGCCACAAAAAAGAAAGCGCACAACUGACGAAAAUGUAGAUACAGCAAAGAGGCGCUCAGCUCGUGUCAGAAACACGAAAUGCAAAAAGGAAGAGAAAAUAGAUUUCCAGGAACUGCUUUUCAAAUUUCUACCGUCGAGAUUGAAGAAGUUUGACCCAGAUGAUGAUGAGAGUUUAAGUAAUCUUGAUGCACAGUGCAAUGGCAAGGAAGAUCUACAGCAAAUACAAAGUGGCUGCAUGCAGGUGGACAUUAUAGAAUACAUGGAAACUGAAAAACAGGAUGUCCGUAACUUCCUGCUGAACAGCAUGAACAAUGGAGGUAUUCUUGAUCUGCUAAUGCGUUAUCUCAAAGCUGUUGGUCAGAGGUUUUUGGAGAACUGGCCUCGUGGUUUGACUUCUGUGGUACUGGAGGUGUACCAGACCUGGAGGAAGCAUAGCACUGGUCUCCCCAACCCACUGCUCCGGGACUGCAGUAACCAACACAUCAGGGAAAUGUUGACUAUCUGCUUGGCAUGUAUGGAGCUUCAGUUGGAGCAGUGGUUACAUAGUAAGGGUAAAAAUGUCUCACCAAGAAGAAGCAGCAUCAAUGGCAGCAGUGAAGCUGCUGACUCCGAUUCCCCUGGACAGCAGUAUCAGGGCGAUUUGUUCAUUCUGGCUCUAGGUUCAUCUCAAAAGGACCUUUUUGAAGACGACUGGAUUGAUGUCAUGGUGCGUGUCUACUGGCUCAAGGCACGCUACUUGGCCCUGCAGGGAGACAUGGAGUUGGCUUCCGAGAGUUACGAUGAGUGUCUUAGCUGGCUCCAGUCUAAACCAAAGACUUCAGAAGGAAAAUAUGACACAAUCACCCUGCCAAAUCUACGCAUGGACGCAACCAUCUCUGUAGAGGAGAUUGACAAGAGGCUGAAGUCCUUGGAGCGCUGUCAGUCUCUGGAGGAGAUCCAGCGUCUCUUUGAAUCUGCAGACUACGCUUCUGUUGUGCUCUUGUUGCAGCCCACACUUAAUUAUGGCAACAGAAGUAAGCCCCUAGAGUUUGUGAGCUCUGCACCAGAACGACCUGCUCAACUAAUGCUUUUACAGAACUCAUUAUUGAGGAUGAAAGAAUACCAGCAGUGUUUGGAGUACAGUGAGCUCUCCCUUAACGAGUCUCUACAACAGCUAACAUCUGCAUCACCCACUUCUAAUCCCAGUAAAGAAGAGUGGGUCAACACCAUUGGGAAGCUGUUGGAUGGCAUAGAGCUCUGUUUCAAUAAAGAUGCAGAACUGCUUAAAAAUGUCCCCCGCUACUCAAGUAUGGCUCGACUGGCUAACAAUCUAAUUCAGCUGAUUGAUCUUAGCAUGGCCAUUUCUGAUGACCCCAAGGAACCAUUUUUCUUCUCAGUCCUGCCGUGGAUAAUCUUAUAUCGCAUUAUCAAACACGAAGAAGCCGCUUUUGAUUGCAUGCUUAGACAGCACAUGUCUAUGGGAGAUGAAGAAGUCAGGUCUCUUAUAGAUGACUCAGACACUCCCAUGCUGCCCUCCUCCUUUAUGCUUCUCAGUACUGCCCAUGAGUAUCUUGGCCGCCGCUCAAUGUGUUGCAAUUCUAAUGGUGCACUUCUCAAAUUUUUUGUUGGUGUUGUGGAAAAAGAAUCUGCUGCUUGCCAAAGUGAGGCACAUCCCUACAGAGAGGAAUUGGAGGUUGCUUUAGAACAAUGCUUUUACUGCCUGUAUGUACCCAGUAAAAAGAGCAAAGCACGCUACCUUGAAGACCACUCUAGUCCUCAGGUUGAGUUAAUGUGGUGUGAUGCCCUGUCCAUGUUCCAGUAUUUUAAACCAAAGUCAUUGCCUGAGUUUGACAGUUAUAAGACAAGUACUGUGUCGGCAGACCUUGCCAAUCUUCUCAGGAGAUUUUCUGGUAUUGCUCCCAUCAAUGACACGCCAACACUGAAUGUGGAGGAGGUAGCUGCCUAUAUUGAAGGCAAUAAUGAGAAGAUCCCUGGUUUUCCAGAGGGCACUCCUCCAGCACCACCAAUCAUCAAUGAAAUGUAUUACCUGCUUGCAGAUUAUCAUUUCAAGAACAAGGAGCAGUCCAAAGCCAUCAAGUUCUACAUGCAUGACAUCUGCGUCUGUCCAAACAGGUUUGAUUCUUGGGCGGGUAUGGCUUUAGCUAGGGCCAGCCGUAUUCAGGAAAAACUCAACUCCAAUGAAUUGAAAAGUGAUGUGCCCAUAUGGAAACACUCACAGGCAGUACUUAACUGCUUUAAGAGAGCCCUUGAGAUUGACAGUUCCAACCUGUCUCUGUGGAUUGAGUACGGGACCAUCUCAUAUGCACUCCACUCCUUUGCCUCUCGACAGCUCAAACAGUGGCGCAAUGAGCUUCCCUCAGAGGUUGUCAAACAGAUGGAGGAGCGGAGAGACUCCAUGUUGGAGACAGCGCUGCAGUGUUUCCAGGGUGCUUCCCGUUGUGAGGGUGACAGUGAUGAGGAGGAGUGGCUCAUUCACUACAUGCUCGGAAAGAUUGCAGAGAAACGCAAGCAGCCUCCAGUGGACUAUCUGCAGCUUUAUAAAAAAUCUGCAAACUAUUUACAUGAAGAAGCUGCCAGAUACCCACGGAAAAUCCACUAUCACAAUCCUCCUGACUUGGCUAUGGAGGCCCUGGAGCUACAUUUUCGGCUCAGUGCAACAAUUCUAAAACUUUUGGAGAGUGGUGUCUCUGAUUUGGACCAUGAGCUUUUCUUUAGUUUGUUGGUGGAGGCUGCUACAGGACCAUUUGCAAAAGGAGAAGAGAAAAGUGUGCCCAGUGUGCCGAGAUCCAAUGAAAAGGAGAAGCCAGUCUCCAUAGCAGAUGAGGAUUUCACCAGCUCCUCGGUUUGCAUAGGAAAUGUGCUAAGCUCGUCCCUCCCGUCGGCAGCCACCCCAGGUCUGACAUCCCCUCCUUAUGUGGCCACGCCGUCUGACCACGAUUACGCCAAACGCAAAACACUCCGACGGCAGCAGUGGCAGCAACAGCGGCAUGAGGAGCAGCAGGCCGAUGAGCGCAGUCAAGACAGUGAGGUGGUACUGCUCUCGGACUCAAACUCCACCCAGGAUGCAUUCACAGACCCCACCAGCUCUCAGGACAGCAGCCAUAGACCUGCUCCUGGAAAAGCGAGCUCCACCUCCUCUGAGAGUACCACACCAGUGAAGGAAGGCCAACCAGCACCAGAUGAAACAACUUUAACCAGUGACAAUGCCUGUGUCUUGGUGGAAGAGAAGAUGAUCCAGGAAGUGGAGGUGGUGGAGGUGGUGACACUUCCUGACACCUCAGCCCCUAAAGCUCCCGUGGACAUUUGCCCUCUUCCUGCUCUGCCCAUCCCAGCCACACCUCCGAAGCCACCCCCCUCCCAACAGGCUGCCCCUCAUACCCCUGUGAGCGAAAGCAAGAAGAAGCCUGAGCCUCCCCCAGAAGUGAUAGAGGUACCUAAGGCUCUGCCCACCGACCCAACCGAGCAGAAGAAGAUGCUGGUGGAGAUGUGUGUCAGGGCUCUGUUCCUCUGCCUUGGCCGAUUCCCUCAACAUUACAAAAGUUUAUAUCGCUUGGCCUUCUUCUACAGUAACAGCAAGACGCACCAGAACCUACAGUGGGCCCGAGAUGUGUUGCUAGGAAGCAGUGUCCCAUGGCAACAGCUGAAGCACAUGCCUGCACAAGGACUUUUCUGUGAACGAAACAAGACUAACCUGUUUAAUGGCAUCUGGCGUAUUCCAGUAGAUGAGAUAGACCGCCCUGGAAGUUUUGCAUCUCAUAUGAACAGAUCCAUUGUCCUCUUGCUAGAGGUGCUGUAUCAGCUAAAGGAUCACGACACCCUGCUGAAAGUCUCUUUCAUGUUGCAGAGGACCCCUGAUCAGGGAAAGAAGUAUUUACGGGAUGUUGAUCGCCAAGUCUUGGCCAAGAGAGCAUUUUUCCUAACAGUUAAAGUGUUGGAGGACAACCUGAACAGUCUCACAGGGGUUUCAGAGCAGCUUCCCAAAGCGGCUGCCCCCUCCAUGGGGGAGAUGACCACGACUGAGUCAUCCAACAAGGCCAGUUCAGAGGACAGUAAACAUGGCCUACCCAAGAAGGCCGGACUCUCAGAAGGAGUAUGCACUCCAGCCCCUGACAGUGGGCCUCAGGAGGCGUCCCAGGUCUCUAAUACUGGAAGUAAGAUUGAGGGCGACACAGGGAAGGUGGACUCUGUUGGGAAUGAGAUUCAGAGACAUGCCCCUGAGGAACCCAUGGAUCUGGAUUCUGGUCUCUGGAGAAAGAGUUCCACUGCCACAGACUCUCAGGGCAAUAAGACAGAUGUGGACAUUAGUCUGAGCACAGCAGCACCUCAGCAGAAAGGCACUGACAACAGCCGUGCUCCAGAGCUGUCUCUGGAGGAGCUUAGCAUCAGCUCUAGACAACAGCAGGUCCAGGCCUCUGCUCCCAAAGCCACAGCUGCCCCAGACCAGACGAGUUCACACAGGCCCAACCGCAAGAGGAAACUCAUAGAGGAUGUGGAGUCUGGAAAAACUCUUCUACUCAAUGCUUACAGAGUGUGGCAGCAAGGCCAGAAGGUCAUGACCUAUGACCUGGGAAGCAUAGAAAAAAUCAUGUCCGAAACAUACAUGCUUAUGAAACAGGUUGAUGAGGACGUAGCUUUGGACCAAGCUCUGAAGUUUUGCCAGAUACAAAUGGCAGCUUCUACCCAAAGACAGCAGUCUUCUGCCGAUGCCCCAUCCACUCCAAAGUUCACCAAGGAGCAUCGUGACAUCUUCUUCCCUGCGUCGCUGCCUACGCCUGUCCUGCUCAGCCACAGCACCUGCCACCCCCUGUCCACUCCAGAUCCAGCCAAAGUGGUCUAUGAGCCCCUGAAUAAGCUUCCCAGGACCCCCGCUCCGGGCUUCCACGAGCAGCACAGGAGAACAGCAGGGCACCCGACUGCAGCUAUGGCCUUCCUGCCACACACAGCAGAGGAGAGGGAGGAGCACUCAGAAGGCUUAGCAUACCGGCAGCAGGAGUCCCACCUGUGCCAGCAGAUGAAACUGGCCUCUGUCUCCCCAGGACAGGACUCUGCAACAUCCACAACAGCAUCCAAAACAGCAUCCACAACAGCAUCCACAACGGCACCCACAACAGCGCUCACAGCAGCAGCCUGGUUCAGUGAGGAGAUCCCCACAUGUAGCACCACACAAGUUUGUACAGACCAGCAGCAGUAUGCCAGCAGUGACCUGUCAAAGCUUCCAGACCCAAGCCGAAUCCGCUCCCGUGUCCCUCCGAACAUGCCAAAGCUCUUCAUCCCCUCCACCGUCGCAAAGUUCCCCCCAGAGAUCACAGUCACGCCCCCCACACCCACCCUGCUCUCCCCCAAAGGCAGCAUCUCAGAGGAAACCAAACUCAAGCUAAAGAAUGUGAUUUUGGCGUCUCAAUCGGCCGCCACGGUGAAGAAGGACACUCUGACCCAGCCGGCACUUGAGGUCCAGGAGACGUCCAGCCAGGAGUCGUCUCUGGAGAGCGAAUCUGAUGAGGAGGAUGACUACAUGGACAUCUGAGCCCCACUGUAACUCACACUCAUGUUAUUCCCAAAGCUUCAUCUGACCGACAUAUCAAAACCAACCACUUCAAAGGCCCUUUCCAAUGAUGGAGUCCUCGUAAAUUAAUGAAAUAAAUAUGUAUCACUGUUCAAGUUGUGAAUCAGUUCUGCUGUUCCCAAAUGGCCAUAACAAAUCAGAGGCCUACAAGCACACAGUAAGUUGAUGGGGCACAUGUUUUAGACCAGCCCUUCUACUUAUGUCCAAUCUUGGGUCUAAUUACUUACAAUCAUAAUGUCAUGAAUCAUGUUUCUCCUUUCAUAUGUACUUGGGACUUGCACAAGGACUAUUCAGGGUAGCUCCCCCUGUGUUUGGACAGGAUGUACAUCAUUUUGGUGCCUCUAUGGAAUAAAUCUUUGAAGGAUCGUGGACCUAGUCUCCUCUUGGACUCUUUCCUUUCAGCAUGAUAAAUUUGUCUCCCAGUAUUUUUCAUGAUGAUGUACAAACUGAAUUUUGAGUGUAUCUGUCAAGCUUUCAGACCACUCCUCGACUUGUAGCAAAUUGGAAAUGUUUACAUUUAACAUUUGUUCUUCAGUCCUCACUUGAGCUUUUGCUGUUUUUGUACUCCACUUGUAAUAUUUGUCUGAUAUAUUUUUGUGCAUUUGUAGCUGCAAGACUUUUUCCAGGUAUGAGUCCUGCCACCAGCACUGAUUUGACUGAUAUGGUUUGAGUAAAUUAGCUUUGUACAUAUCAUUAGCUAAAUGUUUUUUCACUCUGUUUGGCUUUAACGUGUGAGUAUAAGGCGCUGUGCAUGUGUAAGAGGGCAAAGGUCAUUCAAUUCCUUUUUUCUGAUGCAGCGUUUCCUGAGUUCAUCGGAAUUGACUGAAAGUGCAUGCUCCUCUCAUUUGAAACUGUCUCAAUCAACUAACUCAGCGAAGACAACCGAAUGUUUUUACAGAUUGUUUUGUAUAAAAGGAAAGAUAUAUACUCAUAAUGUAUCUGGGAGGCCAUCUGAAUAAUUUUAUAGAAAAGGGCACAGAUUAACAAUUGUGAAGUAUGACCCUUAAUAUGUCAUUAUUUUUCUUGUUGUACUAAAAUUUUCUAUUGUUGCUGAGUUUCUGGGAUGUACGCGAUGAAGAUGUAACCGGGUCAGCCUCCGCCCCCACUCAGCUGGAGGGGAAUUGUUCUGUCUCGAUUGAAUGCAUUAUAGAUGUCAAACCAAAAAUAUAUUUGAGAAACACUGAG